GCUGCUUCGACUCUUCCACCGCUCCCUCCGCUCCGCCUGCACCAUGGCUGCCACUCAACAACCCAAGUGGACAGCGCCGAUACGCUCCGAGACCGCCAAACUGCCCAGUCUCACCGUCUACAAUUCCCUCACUCGAUCCAAGACCCCGUUCACUCCAAGAGAUCCGCAAGGCAGGAAAGUCGGCUGGUAUGCUUGCGGACCGACAGUAUACGACGAUGCGCAUCUGGGACAUGCGAGGAAUUAUGUCUCGCAGGACAUCAUCCGGAGGAUCAUGCAGGAUUAUUUCAAGUUUGAUGUCAACUUUGUCAUGAACAUUACCGAUGUCGACGACAAGAUCAUUCUGGCUGCACGGCAACAACAUCUACUGGCGCAAUUUCUUGCGAAACAUACCGAGGUGGAUGAGGAGGUACGGACCACAACGACGGAGGCUUUCAAGGCAUAUCUGAAGAAGAACUUGCCGCUGAUUGAGGAGGCUACACCUGAGUCAUAUACGACAUCUGUUGAGAAGCAGUACGGACAUGUGUUGGCAGGGAAGAGCGUCGCGAAUGAUGGAACACCACCGGGCGACAAGGAGGCGAAGGUCAAGAUGCAUUUGAACACCGCAAGCUCGGCCGCGCAGGCACUGCUGCUGUCCUCACCUUCAAUGGAUGAGUUCACAGCGAAAGCCUCUGGAGUUCUCUUACCACACAUUGACAGCCUAUACUCGACAACGGUCAAGGGAGAUGACCACGACAUAUUUACGAAAUUGACGAAACGAUACGAGCAACGCUUCUUCGAGGACAUGACCAAUCUCAAUGUGCGAUAUCCGGACAAGCUCACGCGAGUGACGGAAUACGGCCCGCAGAUUGUUUCUUUCGUCAAGCAGAUUGAGGACAACAAAUUCGCAUACGCAAAUGAGGGAUCUGUGUAUUACGAUACGACAGCAUGGGAGGCGUCAGGAGGUCAUUAUGCAAGACUGGAGCCGUGGAAUCGGAAUGAUACAGAACUGCUGGCAGAUGGCGAAGGCUCACUCGCAGCGAAGAAGACCACAUUCAAGAAGUCCAACGCAGAUUUUGCACUGUGGAAAGCAUCAAAACCGGGCGAGCCUAGCUGGGAUUCUCCUUGGGGGCCCGGACGACCAGGUUGGCAUAUUGAGUGCAGUGCCAUGGCUUCCGACGUUCUGGGCAAGCAAUUUGACAUUCACUCCGGCGGCAUUGAUCUGGCAUUCCCUCAUCACGACAACGAGCUCGCACAAUCAGAAGCAUACUGGCAUAAGUGCGGAGCAGACAGUGAGCAAUGGGUCAAUUAUUUCAUCCACAUGGGUCAUCUCAGCAUUCAAGGCAGCAAGAUGAGCAAGAGUUUGAAGAACUUCACCACCAUCAAGGAAGCACUAUCAAAAGGUGAAUGGACGCCACGGUCACUGCGUAUCGUGUUCCUCCUCGGCCCGUGGAAAGAAGGCCUUGAGAUCACUCCGGACCUUGUCAAAGCCAGCGUCUCGUGGGAAGAGCGAGUCAACAACUUCUUCAUCAAGGUCCGCGACCUCCAACUCCACCCAUCCGGCGUUGACAGCUCAUCACAUACCAACGGUUCCUCAUCCACUGAACUUGAUCAACUUCUUGAGUCUUCCAAGACAAAACUCCACGAAGCUCUCUGCGACUCCUUCGAUACCCCAACCGCAAUGCGCGUUCUCACCGACCUCGUCACAGCCCACAACUCCGCGACCAACGUUCCCGACCCGACCUCUAUCGCUAUUGGCACCUGGCUGACUGAAAUCCUCAUCAUGUUUGGUCUUGACGCAAAUUAUCGCAAAGGCCAGAUGGGCUGGUCAGGAGUCGACAUUCCCGAAAAGGCAAAACCCUUCAUCUACCCACUGUCCGAGCUGCGCGACAAAGUGCGCGAGCAAGCCAUCAAAGGCGAAGUCGAUCUUCAGUCAUUAGGCCGCAUGGACGAAAAGGACAACUUCUACGGCGAAAAUCAACCUUACGCCGGAGCAUACGCAGACUUUCAACGUACUAUCCUCGCUCUGCACUCCAAAUCCGCCCCACCGAAAGAGUACCUCGCCGCUUGCGACCAUCUCCGGAACACUGUGCUGUGGAAUUUGUCAAUCUAUCUCGAAGACCGCGAAUCCCGACAUGCCCUCGUACGCCCUCUCUCAUCCUCUCUCCGCCAAGAGCGACAAGAUCGUGAAGCUCAAGCGGCCGCUAAGGCUCAAGCGAAAGAGAAGGCCAAGGCGGACGCAGAGGCGGCGGAGAAGGAGAAGGCGGAGAAGGGAAAGCUGUCGCAUUUGGAGAUGUUCAGGACGAGCGAGUAUAGUGAGUGGGAUGAGGAGGGUCUGCCUACAAAAGAUAAGGAAGGCGUCGAGGUUGCAAAGUCACGGGGCAAGAAGUUGAGAAAGGAGUGGGAGAGGCAGAAGAAGUUGCAUGAGGCUUGGAGGGAGGCGAAGAAGUGA